AUGGGAACGGGUAUCGUUUCUAUCCUGCUUCACAAUCUUCCAUACAACGGCACCUGGCUGUAUUGGAUCUCCGUGAUUGUGUUCGCUUUGAAUGUGUUCCUCUUUCUUCUCUUCACGCUCAUAUCCCUGGCCCGGUAUACCUUAUUCCCGGGUCUUUGGACAACAAUGUUGAAUCACCCAACUCAAUCACUAUUUCUAGGAACAUAUCCUAUGGGACUUGCAACAAUCAUCAACAUGAUUUGCUUCGUGUGUGUCCCCGCAUGGGGUCAAUGGGCUGCCACUUUGGCAUGGGCACUCUGGUGGAUUGAUGCUGUCAUCUCUCUCGCAAACAAUAUGUACUUGCCUUUCGUCAUUAUGUCUCGGCACUCCAAUCAACUCUCCGGGAUGACCGCCGCCUGGCUACUUCCUAUAGUUUCUACCAUUGUCGCUGCCGCUUCGGGUGGGAUCGUGGCUUCGGUGUUGGAGAAUCAACAGCAUGCGCUCUGGACCAUCAUCAUCAGUUACAUACUCUGGGGAACCGGGGUACCCCUUGCAAUGAUGGUGCUGGUAAUGUACUUCCAUCGCCUGACGAUCCACAAAAUACCGCCCAAGGAAGUCAUCGUGUCUGUCUUCCUUCCUUUAGGCCCAUUGGGCCAAGGCGCCUUCGGCAUCAUGCAACUCGGAAAAGAGGCCCUGAGGGUCUUUCCUAACACUAACAGUUUGCCUAACGAAGUAUCAGCUGGUCCCAUACUUUACAUUUUCGGCUUCGUGCUUGGACUCAUCAUGUGGGGAUUCGGGCUUGUAUGGCUCUUUUUUGCACUGGCUUCUAUUACACGCUCGAAAUUCCCGUUCAACAUGGGCUGGUGGGGGUUUACUUUCCCGCUCGGUGUUUUCACCGUUGCAACUACCACCAUUGCGCAGGAGCUCCCGUCGUUGUUUUUCAAAGUUCUCGGAACGAUCUUCUCUGUCGUCGUUGUCUUGCUUUGGAUUGUUGUUAGCAUCGGUACACUCAUUCAAACUUGGAAACGAAAGAUUUUCGUCGCCCCUUGUCUGAAGGAAUGGGAGAAGUUGGAAGCCGAGCGCCGCCGGAAAGGCUCUUGUGCUACAGACACCGCUUGA